AUGACUUCUACAAUCGGUAUUCCCAUUAAGCUGCUGAAUGAGGCGCAGGGCCAUAUUGUGACACUCGAAAUCACUUCCGGCCAGACUUACCGUGGCAAGCUUCUCGACGCUGAGGACAACAUGAACGUUCAACUGAAGGACAUCACCGUCACCGCUCGCGACGGCCGCGUUUCUCAUCUCGACCAAGUUUACAUCCGUGGCUCACACGUGCGCUUCUUCAUCGUUCCCGACAUGCUUCGCAACGCCCCUAUGUUCCGCAGCCGUAACGUACGUGGCCGUGGUGUCGGUCUUGCCAGAGGUCGUGCAACUGUCAGCCGAGCGCGCGCAGGCGGACGAGGAGGACGAUAA